GGUUCGGAUUAGGGUUUCAUGCUGGUUCGAAUUUCAUGGAUUGAAUAAAUUUGUAAUUAAACGAAUUCGGGUAGUAUGCUGGUAUUUCGAAAUGGAUUUGGGACGGGUUUGGGUAUUAUUGGUUUAUUCCUUAACGGAUUCGGAUUCGGAUUUGGGUAGUUUGUUUUUUGCGGGUACCCGCCCCGCUGCCAACCCUACUACUACACAUUCUCGCUCUCUUUCUCGUUCCCUCGCUCUCGCUCUCUCUCUUGUUCCCUUGCUCUCACUGUCUUUCUCGUUCUCCUUCUAUCAUUCUCUUUGCAUCUUAAUUCCUGUAAUCUUUUACUUUAAGCAUCUGAAUUAGACGGCAAUUGUUGAGGAUAAUAGAGACUUGAGAGAGGAAGGAUUUGUGGGCAUUAGAAAAGCUAAGGCUUUGGUGGAGAGCAAUUGUUGCCAGAGGUUGCAUCAAUCUGGUAAUGCCCCCAAUUUUUCUUUCUGCAUCGUGUUUUUAUUAUAUGUUUAUGCUUAAGGCUUUGAAUAGCUGCUGUGGAAAAUUAGAGCUUGUGAAAGACUAGCAAUCUCCAUUUACUUUCAAUUUUUGAUAUGCACGCAAAUAGAGAGGUACCCAUAUCUGUGUGCGCGCGUGCUUGUGUGCGUGUGCGCGCGCUUCUGUGUGUGUAUAAGAUUUCAUUUACAAUUCAAGGUUUAAAGUUUUUAUGUUUUAAGAGCUAAUUUGAAGUUAUUUUUUCAAAAUAAUAGCAUGUAAAAGGAAAAAAAGAAUUGCUGUUCAAUAAUUCUAAAAUUUUUAUAAUUAGAAUUAACCAAAUUCAACUUUAAAAAUAACUUCUAACAAAUAUUUAAUCAUUUUGGUAAAGCCACCUGCUGACCACUUCAUCAACAUAUGCAAUCUUAAUAUUAUUAUUUAGUCUAGAACCAUGUAGAGCACAAAAGUAUUAAUUCUAAGGAACAAAAUUGCCAGAGACAGUAAGGCAGCUUCAGUUUCAGUAGAAACAAACUGAUAACCAAAUACAAUUGAUUUGAGUGUAAAGUUAAAGUCUGCAAAAACAAAAAUGAACUUGGAACCUACUUGUAUGUAAUACAAUACAAUAACUAGCUGAACACCUCACAGAUUUGGAAUCUAAGAAUAUUUAUAAGCCAUUCAAAGAACAAGAAGCACUAGCAUAAAAACACAUAUUGAAGAUUGAACAUGUCAUAUGGUUUUCAUGAUCUAAUUCCUAAUAUGAAUGGUGAAGCUGGUCAGAUUCAUUUCAACAUUAUAGUGCAGAAGUAUAUAUCCAUGUUACCAUGUAUAUAUCAUGAUUGUGGAUUUUUGCGAACCCACAAAAAAGAGAAAAGAAGUUUCAAAAUUGGGAUACAUUUCUCAUUAUUAUUUUUCUUUCUUUUAUUGCUUUUUGCUGAGGUUGAUUCCUAUCAGGCACAUAAAAAUGUCCUUUAGAGUAGCACAAAUUCGCCUUGUAAGUUCACAUCCUGAGGUUUAUGAGCCAUGUGAUGAUUCAUUUGCACUGGUUGACGCACUUCUCGCUGAUCGCACAAAAUUGUUAGAGCAUAAUCCAAGAAUAUGUAUGGAAGUGGGUUGCGGCAGUGGUUAUGUUAUUACGUCUCUAGCUCUCAUGCUUGGGCAUCAGAUUCCUGGGGUUUACUACAUUGCCACUGACCUCAAUCCUCAUGCGGUCAGAGUGACUUAUGAAACAUUAGAAGCUCACAAUGUUCAUGCAGAGUUGAUAGUGACUGACAUUGCAUCUGGUCUAGAAAAGCGUCUGGAAGGGAUGGUAGAUGUGAUGGUUGUGAACCCACCUUAUGUGCCGACACCUGAAGACGAAGUGGGCUGUGAAGGAAUUGCCUCUGCUUGGGCUGGAGGGGAGAAUGGUCGUAAAGUUAUUGAUAGGAUAUUGCCAAUUGCGGACAAGCUUUUGUCUGAUAGAGGCUGGUUAUACAUGGUCACUCUCACAGAAAAUGAUCCUUCACAGAUAUGUCGUCAAAUGAGAAUGAAGGGUUAUGCUUCUAGAAUAGUGGUCCAAAGAUCAACAGAAGAAGAGAGUCUUCAAAUCAUCAAGUUCUGGCGAGAUUCGGACAGUCAAUUGGACACAAAGAAAACCUUGACAACAAGCAAAACAUUUACUGAAAGGGUCAUGGACUCCUUGGUUUCACAAUUUCCUCAAUUGUCAUCCUGGAGAAACGUUAGUAGCAACAGCUAAGGAAUAAGAAAGUAAAGUUUUUGCAUCUGACUCUGUUUUUAUAUUAUUUUCUGGUAGUUUCUAUAUGUUCAUAUUCCCCUAGUUUUAUUUUUUCUUCUUCUGCUGCUGAAUGCUUCUUUUUUUGCUGCCAAGGUAUUUUACUCCAGCAAAAGCUCAGAUUUUUCUUGAAACUAGUUUCCGCUUACUCCUCCCUCUGCAAAUGUGUCUCACCCCUUUCUCCUAUAUCUAUAUCCUCAUUCUUUCUCGUAUUAGGACUGAUAUGUUUUUACUGAUCUUAUCUCACCUUUAAAAAUGACUAUGGAAAGUGGUUAAGUGAACUACUGAGAGAAUCCCUUUUAUAUCUGAGCCACUCUAUUAAUCAUUUACUUGCAUGUCUUCACUGCUGAUAUUUCCACUUUUUCUCAGACUGUUGCUUAUUUAUUUGUUUUGAGUUGGCAAACUGAUCUGCUCCGAUGUUGUAACCAUACAUUUCAUGGGAUCAUUUCCAUCACUUGAUCGCCAAAGGCAAACUAACGUCGGGGGUGUCCCAAAGCUUUUUCAAAGCACAUGGAUCUUGAAAUUUUGAAGACCUUACAAGUUCUUCUAUAACUUGUAGAACUUUCCUAAUUGUCCAUGACAUUGGAGUUGAUCUCAAUUAUGGGUUUCAGAUUUGUUAGUUAUUUGGUUCUGAAUCACUUCUUUGAGUAUUUAACAAGUGGGAUCAACAGCAGUAUGCUGUGAUAUUAUUGAUCAGUUUCAAAUGCCAAUUACAUUAAGAUCAUUGUAUUUACUGCUAUUAUAUUGCAAUUUUCUUGCUUGUGGUCCUUACAUUAACAUUUUUUGGAGAAGCAUGUACUCAAACUUCAGUUAUAGAACAGCAGAAAAUGUCCAGAUUGUACUUUUUGUGAUAGUUUAAUGACAGAGAGAAGUCCAACUUCUUGUUGGUGUAA